GUGGUUGUUUUGAAGACUGUUAUGUCCGUGAUACACUUGAAAAGGAUUUUUUGGAGUGUGUCUCUUAUCUCUGCCAUAUUAAUGAUAUGGUAUAUGGCAAUUCCCUCCCGCACUGUAAUAGAAUAUAUAAACUGGAUAUAUUUCUAUGAGUAUGAACCUGUUUAUAAGCAGAAAUUUGUCUUCACGCUACGUGAGAGAAUAAAAUGUGAAGACAGCAACCCAUUUUUGGUUAUUUUGGUGACUUCAAGACCGGCAGAUGUGAAGGCAAGACAAGCCAUUAGGAUAACGUGGGGCUUUGAGAAAUCAUGGUGGGGCAACCAGGUUCAGACAAUGUUCUUACUGGGUCAAGGAGAAAAAGAUGACAGUUCCACCUUAUCAAUAGAAGAUGAAAGCAUUCUCUAUGGAGACAUAAUCCGUCAAGACUUCCUUGACACGUAUGACAACCUUACCUUAAAAACGAUAAUGGCCUUCAGAUGGGUGGCUGAGUUUUGUUCCAACACUCAGUAUGUUAUGAAAACUGAUUCUGAUGUCUUCAUCCACACCGGCAACUUAGUGAAAUUCCUUCUAAAGCAAAAUGCUUCAGAAAACUUCAUUACUGGAUACCCCUUAAUUAAUAAUCCCCCUCACAGAGGACUUUUCAAGAAAGUAUAUAUUUCUUAUGAUGAAUAUCCAUUUAAUGUCUAUCCUCUAUACUGUAGUGGAUUGGGUUAUAUCCUUAAUUCCAGGCUGGCUUGCAGGGUUUAUGAAAUGAUGCAUCAUGUCAAACCCAUUAAGUUUGAAGAUGUCUAUGUUGGGAUUUGUUUAAAUAUUCUCGGCGAGAGCGUCUAUAUUCCAGAAGAUGCAGAACUCUUCUUUUUAUAUAGAAUUAACUUUGAUAUCUGUAAAUACAAGCACUUGAUUGCAGUACAUGGCAUCUCUUCACAUGAAAUGAUUAGGUAUUGGCAAGAAAUAAUGAAAGAGACUUCAGUUCCUUGCCACUAA